UGCCACUCUGCGCCCAACCUUAUGGAAGAGUGAUGGAGAUGCCGUCUCCUGCUCCUGCUGCUGCUGCUGUCUCUGAUGCUGGGGGUGGUGCCGAUGACCCCGCGUGGCCGAGCCGAGCGGCGUGCCUGUCGCUCGCCCUCUGCGCCUUCCAAGCCGCCGUGGCCCUCGCUCUGUCGCGGGUGGUGGGAGGCCGCUGGCAGCUGCCACCCGCAGAGCGAUGGGUCGUGGCCUGGUUGCUCUAUGACGCAGUGGUUCACAUCACACUGGAGGGUCCCUUCGUCUGCAUCUCGCUGGUGAGCUCUGUGGCGGAGUCGGACAGCGUCCACUCCAUGCUGUGGAAGGAGUACGGUCGCGCCGAUAGCCGCUGGCUUCACUCGGACCCCACCGUGGUGGCGCUCGAGAUCCUGACGGUGGCGGUUGCAGGGCCCCUGGCGCUGCUGCUGGUGUUCGCCAUCGUCCAGGACAAGCACUACCGCCACUUUGUUCAGGUGUGCCUGUGCGUGUGCGAGCUGUACGGCGGUUGGAUGACGUUCGCCCCCGAGUGGCUGGCGGGCAGCGCCAGCCUGCGCACCGACAGCCCCGACCUCCUCUGGCUCUACCUCGUCUUCUUCAACGGCCUCUGGGUGCUGCUGCCCAUUGUGCUGCUCGCCCAGUCCUGGGGGGCGCUCGCCGUCGCUCACCGACCGCGCGUGGCCAAGGCCGCCGGCGGCAAGCGGAAGCGGCGAUGAGCCGAGCCGGAAGUCGGAUGCAGAGGCGCGACCGUUGGAGGAGAUUUCCCGUCGUCCGUCCGCCCGCCCAAUUUUUUUUUGAUUGGCGCGAGAGAAAUGAAAAU